AAGAUGGCUGCGGCCGAGGUGGCGGACACUCAGCUGAUGCUUGGAGUGGGGCUGAUCGAGAAGGACACGAACGGAGAGACUCUGUGGGUGUGGUGCUACCCUCGCACCACGGCCGCCCUGCGGAGUCUGCUGCUGAGGAAGUGCUGCCUCACCCAGGAUGCCGCGCCGCUGCGUCCCUUCGUCUUCGGCCAGUACCGCAGAACGUGGUUUUACAUCACCACAGUUGAAGUUCCUGAUGCCUCGGUGUUGAAAAAGGUGACUCAUUUUUCUAUUGUUCUGACCGCCAAAGAUUUUAACCCAGAGAAAUAUGCCGCCUUCGCUAGGAUAUUGUGUAGGAUGUACCUGAAGCAUGGGAGCCCAGUGAAGAUGAUGGAGAGCUACAUUGCCGUUCUCACAAAGGGAGUAUGCCAGAGUGAGGAGAACGGCUCUUUCCUCAGCAAGGACUUUGAUGCCCGGAAGGCGUACCUUGCAGGCUCCGUUAAAGACAUUGUCUCUCAGUUUGGAAUGGAAACAAUCAUCUUACACACUGCACUGAUGCUGAAGAAGAGAAUUGCUGCUUAUCACCCCAAAAUAGAAGCUGUCCAGGAAUUUACCAGGACUCUGCCUGCCCUAGUGUGGCACCGACAGGACUGGUCCAUCCUGCAUCCCUACGUGCACCUCGAUGCCGACGAGCUGGAAGCCUUGCAGACAUGCCCAGGUUACGUCGCUGGCUUUGUGGACCUGGAGGUGAGCAACAGGCCGGAGCUCUAUGACGUGUUCGUGAAUCUGGCGGACAGCGAGAUCACCGUGGCUCCACUGGCGAAAGAGGCCAUGACGAUGGGCAAGCUGCACAAAGAAAUUGGGCAGCUGAUCGUUCAAUCUGCAGAUGACCCAGAGAAGUCGGACAGCCAAGUUAUACAGGACAUUGCCCUGAAGACAAAGGAAAUCUUCACCCACAUGGCACCGUUCUCAGAAGUGUCGGACGAUGGAGGGAAGGUGGUCCUCAAUGUGGAGGCCUUGCGGCAGAAGCGGUUCCCACCAGCCACGGAGAACUUCCUGUACCACCUGGCGGCGGCCGAGCAGAUGCUGCAAACCUGAUGGCAGGUGCCCUGCCGGUGGCUGAACUGGAGCCCUGUCACUCUGACUUCCCAUGAACCAUGUAAAAUAUCAAAAUUAGCAGAGAAAAGGUUAUAUUUCUAAUGAUUUACCUGAAGGCUUGAGAUUUGACCCAAACACUGAAACCCAUGAACACACCUGUGAUUGCCUCCCAGCGGAUCAGCUUCCUGCCCGUGGUCAGAGGUGGACAAAGUGACGUCACAGAGUGGCCCAGUGUCCUGGAGCCCAAACACAAGCCGUGGCUGCUGGGGCAGCCUUCGCCGCCCCUUCCCGUGGGUCUCCGGGCAUAGGGCCCCGUCGCAGCUGCCUGCCACUUGGCCCUGCGUCCUCCUGGACAGACUGUUUCCCAGCAGGGCUGCCAGGUUGUCUGCAGAACUAUCGAGAACAUGUCUGGAGGUCCUGGCAGUCUCACUUUCUUGGCCUUUGAACAUUUUGUCUUAUAAGGAUGUUGCGCAGGUUUUAUACCUGAGUAGGCAGCUUUGAUAAUCCAUAUUUCUCUGGCCGCAGCAGCCUUGGUGACGACCUUGGGGUGUCACCCCCCGUUUAGCACUGCUGCUGGCAGUCCCUUUGGAAGACGCCAGUCCUUGUGUGACAGGAAAACCGGAAGCCCGUGGCGGGGCUGUCUGCUGCGAGCAGUGACUCCGGGUGAGGAAGUGCAUCUUCACUUCCUGCGGGGGCCAAAACCAGACAGUGUCUUCCAGCCAUGUCAGCAGAAUCUGCCCACGCGUCCCGGCUACCUGUUCUUAUCCAAGGGGGUACCCCUUUUUCAUACUUGGAGACCUUGAAAAUGCCGAGUAAGCGUGGAGGUCUGUUACCUGCUCGUUAUUCUAGUCCAUGUGUUUCUGUUCUUGUGGAAAGAUGAUUUUUCACUCAGUACUGCUGUCUGCCAAGUCUUACCUGGAAACACAUAUGUUUGCUUGAACUUUUGCUUUUUCUUGGUUUAAAAAAAUUAGUCUUUUCUCCCUCCUUUGGGUGGGGAGAGGGGAGGCUCCAAAAUGAGAGUUUACUAAGGCACCCAGCUGGGAUUGACACCUGCACUUUAUGAACAUGAAUACUAACAUUUCUCACCCUUUUUUGGCAUUAUUCACUAACAAAAUUGUUAAAAUUAAAAAUUUAUGCUGUACAAAUAAAAUGAAAAUAUUUUGAU